AUGGAACCCGUCACGCUGGUAAGGUCGACUGCUAGGGUUUUCUCCCUCCGUUGCAGCCCUAAAACAAGCUUCUCCACCUGCAAAUCCUUCGUUUCUCCACUAGCCCAGCACCCAUUCCGGGGAUUCCCGGCCUCCGGCCGUGCUCCGGCGAGAAACUCGCGUACACCGGGACCGGGUCUCUCCAUUAUUCGCUCCCUCGGAAGUUUGGUGUCCUGCCGGUGCAGCGCCGUGAGGCGGUGGCUAAGCGGCGGCCUCGACGGAGGCAGCGGAAUCGACGGCGGCGAUGUCGUCCGCUGCGGCGGGCUCGGCACCUUGCUGCUGAGCACCACGGCGUCGGUGGUGUCGAGGGCCCGGGCCAGCCCCUUCAUCGGGGACCUGGCGGCGAAUCCGACCUUCGUCUCCGGGCUGGUGGCGUGGGCCCUUGCCCAGACCACGAAGGUCUUCCUCAACUUCUUCGUGGAGAGGAAGUGGGACCUGAGGAUGUUGUUCAGCUCCGGCGGGAUGCCCUCAUCGCAUUCUGCCCUCUGCACAGCGCUUUCGGCCUCCGUUGCCCUCUGCCACGGCGCCGGCGAUGCCCUCUUUCCCGUCUGCCUCGGCUUCAGUCUCAUCGUCAUGUACGAUGCCAUUGGCGUGCGCCGCCACGCCGGCAUGCAGGCUGCGGUGAGAUUCCUUCCUCUCUCUCUCCCUCUCGCCAUCCUCUCUGCAGCAUGUUUCCUCUUGCUUAAUCAAUCACCCCUUCUCUUGAAUAGAUCAGUCAGCUAUAAACUACAGAUGCUGGGAACGUUUUUCUAGCAAUCCUAGCGCGUCGAUUCUCAUCCAAAUCACACAUUUUCUUCGAUAAAUAUACUAAAUGUGUCGAUCUUCCUGGUUUUUUUCCCUUUUCGCUUUGGCAAGAUUUAGUCUCUCCUAGAACAGCCUCCCCCAAAAUGGGAAAAAGCCCGACCUUUGGUAAGGAUUUGAGGAACCCACCUCAGUUAUUGAUCCAUUCACUGUCAUCCUCAUCCCCAUGAUCCUGUUCAUUGAGGCCACUGGAAUUUUUUUUCCAUCUUCGUCCAUGAGCGGCCUGAGGAUUCUGUCAUCAGAGAUAUUUAUUGCUAUAGGUAGACUAGAUUAUUCAACCACAUGUGGGAAAAAAUGGUACGUUCUUCACUUAAUUUCCUUUUACGGGGCAAACAUUUUUUUCCUCCUCUUCCUGGGUCAACGCAGUUUACAUCGCCUAAUUUUCUGUUUCUAAUUGCUAAUAGAGAGAGAGAGAGAGAGAGAGAGAGAGAGAGAGAGAGAGAGAGAGAGAGAGAGAGAGAGAGAGAGAGAGUUCAUGGUGCGCUGACAUUCUCGAGUUUCUUCAGGUUCUUAAUAUGAUCGUCCAGGACUUGUUCGAAGGGCACCCCAUCAGCCAGAGAAAGCUCAAGGAGCUGCUCGGCCACACGCCCUCCCAGGUCAUCGCCGGGGCCCUUCUUGGGAUCCUUGUCGCCUUCGUCGUUUGCCAACGGAGGGUCGCCGCCAUCUGA